CGCACCUCCCGGAGCCCGUGCCGCCAGUCCCCGCCGCUUCCAGGGAGCCGAGAGCAGCGCAGGGGCUCCGCGCCUGCCGUCCUGGGGAACUGCUGCGGCAAUAUUGCGAUUUAAAAUAAGGGAAGAGAGAAGAAGAAGAAAAAAAGAUGAAGAUGCUUAAAUGCCUCCUGCCAAAAGUAAAGAGCGAAUCUCAGUUGCAAUGGCUCUGCUAAAACUUGAUCAUGCGGGAUUUCAAGCGAUAAAGAGCUGCCGGGGGGCUAUUUACUGCGGUGGGAACAAGUUGCAGGAUGAAAUCCAGGCGUUAAGGGACCUAUUUUCCACUUCACUGUUCGCAAAGGAAUCUACUGAGAUGACUUUGAGGAUCUUUAAACUGGAACUAUGUGGAGGGAGAAUGCAGGGAUAAAGCUGGCAAAGAUGAGGAAAAUUGGCUGUGCUCUCCUGGUACUCCAAGCUCUUCUGGCACCUUUGGAUCUUGUUCGUGGAGCAGAGAAAAAUUAUCCCAUCCUGAACAUUGCAGUGAUUCUGGGAAGGACCAAGUACAUAACAGAGAGAGAUAUCAGAGCUCUCUGGACCAGGGAAAUGUCAGCAGACCUGACUGUUGAUAUCAAUGUCGUGACUCUUCUUGUGAACCAGACUGACCCUAAGAGCAUCAUAACACAUGUUUGUGACUUGAUGUCAGGGACCAAGAUCCAUGGAGUGGUUUUUGGAGAUGACACUGAUCAGGAGGCAGUAGCUCAGAUUUUGGAUUUUAUUUCAUCUCAGACUUCUAUUCCAAUUCUUGGGAUUCAUGGCGGGGCCUCCAUGAUAAUGGCAGAUAAGGAUGUCAUGUCCACGUUCUUCCAGUUUGGGGCUUCCAUCCAGCAAGAAGCCAUUAUCAUGCUGAAGAUCAUGCAGGAUUAUGACUGGCACGUGUUCUCUCUGGUGACCACCACUUUCCCUGGAUAUCGAGAUUUUAUCAAUGUCAUUAAGACCACUGUGGAAAACAGUUUUGUGGGCUGGGACAUGCAGAACGUCAUCAUACUCGAUACUGCCUUCGGAGAUGCCAAGACCCAAAUCCAGCUGAAGAAAAUCCAUUCCUCUGUCAUCCUGCUGUAUUGUUCCAAGGAUGAAGCUGUCUACAUCCUGGAUGAGGCUCGGUCCCUGGGCCUUACUGGCUAUGAUUUCUUUUGGAUAGUUCCCAGCCUGGUUAGUGGUAACACAGAAAUCACUCCCAAGGAGUUUCCUUCAGGACUCAUUUCAGCAGCUUAUGAUGAGUGGGACUACAGUUUAGAAGCUCGGGUUCGGGAUGGACUUGGGGUCAUUGCCACUGCUGCCUCAGCCAUGCUGGAAAAGUACUCCUUCCUUCCUGAGGCACGAACGAGCUGCUAUGGACAGCUGGAGAAAAACGACCGGCCCUCUCAAACCUUGCACAAGUUUAUGAUGAAUGUGACGUGGGAAGGCAGAGAUUUGUCCUUCACAGCAGACGGGUACCAGGCCCACCCCAGGCUGGUAGUGAUCGUGCUGAACAACGAGCGGGAGUGGGAGAAGGUGGGGAAGUGGGAGAACAACUCCCUGAGCCUCAAGUACUCGGUGUGGCCGAGGUACAGCUCCUUCGCAGACAGCGACCCCGACGACAACCACCUGAGCAUUGUCACCCUGGAGGAGGCUCCCUUUGUCAUCGUGGAGGAUGUGGAUCCUCUCAUGGAGAGCUGCCAAAAAAACACCGUGCCAUGCCGGAAAUUUGUCAAACUUAACAACAAAACUAAUGAGGGAACGAACGUAAAGAAGUGCUGCAAAGGAUUCUGCAUCGAUAUCUUGAAGAAGUUGUCUAAAACUGUCAAGUUCACAUAUGACCUGUACUUGGUGACAAAUGGGAAGCACGGCAAGAAAGUCAAUAACGUGUGGAACGGAAUGAUUGGUGAAGUGGUGUACCACCGGGCAGUGAUGGCUGUGGGCUCGCUCACCAUCAACGAGGAGCGCUCGGAAGUCGUUGAUUUUUCGGUGCCGUUUGUGGAGACCGGGAUCAGUGUCAUGGUGUCACGGAGCAACGGCACAGUUUCACCCUCUGCUUUCCUAGAGCCUUUUAGUGCUUCUGUCUGGGUGAUGAUGUUUGUGAUGCUUCUCAUCGUGUCUGCCAUGGCUGUCUUUAUAUUUGAGUACUUUAGUCCUGUAGGAUACAACAGGAACUUAGCACAAGGGAGAGAUCCCCAUGGGCCAUCCUUCACCAUUGGAAAGGCAGUGUGGUUACUGUGGGGCUUGGUCUUCAACAACUCUGUGCCUGUGCAGAACCCUAAGGGGACCACGAGCAAGAUCAUGGUGUCAGUCUGGGCUUUCUUUGCAGUCAUUUUCUUGGCCAGCUACACUGCCAACUUAGCUGCCUUUAUGAUUCAAGAGGAAUUUGUUGACCAAGUGACUGGGCUGAGUGAUAAAAAGUUUCAAAGGCCACACGAUUAUUCACCUCCUUUUCGCUUUGGGACUGUCCCAAAUGGAAGCACUGAGAGGAAUAUCCGAAACAACUACCCUGAUAUGCACCUCUACAUGACUAAGUUUAACCAGAAAGGAGUCGAGGAUGCCUUGGUCAGCUUGAAAACUGGGAAGUUGGAUGCUUUCAUCUAUGAUGCAGCAGUGCUGAAUUACAAGGCUGGGAGAGAUGAAGGCUGCAAACUUGUCACAAUAGGCAGUGGGUACAUCUUUGCCACUACUGGCUAUGGGAUUGCUCUCCAGAAAGGAUCACCUUGGAAGAGACAAAUUGAUCUCGCCCUCCUUCAGUUUGUGGGAGAUGGGGAAAUGGAAGAGUUAGAAACCCUGUGGCUGACUGGUAUUUGUCACAAUGAGAAGAACGAAGUCAUGAGCAGCCAGCUGGACAUCGACAACAUGGCAGGAGUGUUUUACAUGCUCGCAGCAGCCAUGGCACUCAGCUUAAUAACCUUUGUCUGGGAGCACUUAUUUUACUGGAAACUCAGAUUCUGCUUCACUGGAGUCUGCUCAGAUAGGCCAGGACUGCUGUUCUCAAUCAGCAGGGGUAUUUACAGUUGCAUUCAUGGAGUACACAUUGAAGAGAAGAAGAAAUCUCCUGACUUUUCUUUGACCAAUUCACAAACCAACAUGUUAAAACUGCUGCGAACAGCGAAAAACAUGACCAGUAUCAACCCUUCAAGAAUUGACUCCCCCAAAAGAACAGCUGAUUUUAUUCAAAGGGGUUCUUUGAUUAUGGACAUGGUCAUGGAUAAGGGAAACUUGAUAUUUUCUGAUAACAGAUCCUUUCAGACAAAGGACAACUUGUUUGGUGACAACAUAAGUGAGUUGCAGACGCUUCCUGGCAAUCGACACAAGGACAAUCUGAACAACUAUGUUUUCCAAGGGCAGCAUCCUCUCACACUGAAUGAAUCCAAUCCAAAUACAGUAGAGGUUGCAGUAACAACAGAAGCAAAAGUGAACUCCCGACCCAGGCAGCUUUGGAGGAAAUCUGUUGAAUCUUUACGCCAAGAUUCUGUACGUCAGGGCCAAGGUUCCCAGAGAGAAAAUGGGUCUGAGGAAAACAGGCAGCUUUCAUUGAAAAGCCAAAGAUACCUUCCUGAAGAGAUUGUCCAUUCAGAUGUCUCAGAGACAUCAAGCAGAGCUACUUGCCACAUGGAAGCUGAAAACAACAACAAGCACCACAAAACCAAGGACAAUUUUAAAAAAAGGACAGUAGCAUCAAAAUACCCAAAAGACACUAGUGAUGUGGAACUGACAUAUCUGAAAACCAAACAGGGCUCUCCACGGGAUAAAAUCUACACGAUUGAUGCUGACAAGGAGCCAGGAUUCCGCUUGGACACACCUCAGUUCAUUGAAAACAUUGUCCUUCCAGAACCUGUAGAGCUGCCUGAUGUUUACCAAGAUCACAACGACAACUACAGGAAAGCUGAACACGCCAACAGGACUCCAUCACAUAAUGAAGACAGUCUUCCAGAUAAUGACCAGUAUAAACUCUUUGGAAAGCACUACACUCUCAAAGAAAAAAAUACUUCCCUAGGUGACAUGAACGACAGGUACAGGCAGAAUUCCACGCACUGCAGGAGCUGUCUCUCCAACAUGCCCACCUACGCCGGGCACUACUCGACCAGAUCUCCCUAUAAAUGCGAUGCUUGCUUGCGGAUGGGGAACCUCUAUGACAUUGAGGAAGAUCAGAUGCUGCAGGAUACAACGAACUUAUCACUUCCUGAAGAAAUAUAUGAGCGUACUUGGUCUCAAAGUAGUGCUCUGCAAUAUCAUAAAAAGAAUAAACUGAGGAUUAGCAGGCAACACUCUUUUGAUAAUAUCGCUGAUAAGUCCAGGGAAAUUGAUAUUGGAAGACCUUCUCGUAGUAUAAGCUUGAAAGAAAGAGAGAAAUUUCUUCAAAGUAGUCCGUAUGCAAGCAUGUUUAGUGUUCCCUCAAGCAAACUGUUGAGCAACAAGGCCUCACUUUUAACUCAUGCUCUGGAGGACAGUAAGAGGAGCAAGUCCCUGUACGCUGUUCACUCGGAUGAUAACCCCUUCCUGCACUCCUAUCGUGAUGACCAGCACUUAUCUCUUAGGCGAAGUCCAGCUGAUCUUUAUAAACAUUCAUUGCCAACAAGAGGAAGAAAUGAUAAUUAUUUAAGGUCAUCCAUACAGUCUACAGCAUCAUACUCUUCCAGGGAUGGUCGGAUCCAUAAUGACAUGUACAUUUCAGAGCAUGUUUUGCCUUACGUUGCAAAUAGGAAUAGCUUGUACUCAACUCCAAGGGUUUUAAAUUCCUGUAGCAAUACACGUGUGUAUAAGAAAAGGCCUAGCAUUGAAUCAGAUGUUUAAAUUUUCCAUGAACACUUUAUCUAUAGGGAAGGAAUAGUUGCCACCAUCUUAGAGGGAGAAUUUUUCCUUUAACAGUAUCCUGCUCUGGUAAAUGAUACGUAAACCUCUCCCUUUCCCAAUGUACUUUUGUACAUGAAUAGGUAAACUGGUAUGCUCUGAUCUAUCCUUUUAAAAUAUGUCUUGUUAAAAAGGAUAAAAAAUAGCCAUUUAUGUGUGCUUUAUAUAUAAAUGGCAAGUUGUACUGAAAUAGCCCCAAUAUAUGUUGGCAACUAUGCUGUUUUGUACCUAAUUAUUUUACUAUUUCGGAUAUUCUAAUUUAUGUUGCUAAGUAUCAUUCAAUGUACUUUUGUCCUUAGAAAUGUUUAAUGAUUUUCUAGUACUGGAUAAGCAAUAUGGUAUGCAUGUAGUAUGACACAGACAACAAGAAAUAGGGACACAUUGCACAGAUUCAAAAGUAAAAGAGAACAGAAAGCUAAGACUUCCAAAAAUAUAUUUUAGUUUCAUAAUUUAUUUUCAAAGCCAAAUAAUAAUUUAAAAAAUCCCCAGACCCCAGGACCUUAAUAAAUAAAAUACAGUGUGUUAGCACAAAAUUAGAAUGUUCCUUCUAGACUGACAGACAGUAGAUGGGAAGGCAGUAACCCCAAACAUGUGAACUGCUGUGUACCAAAAGGAAGCCCCAUGGAUCUUGGUUAAUGUUCAUGUACAAAUGCUUUUCUUAUAUUGCACAUGCACUUACCAUUACAAAGCAAGUUCAUUGAAAAGUUUGCAGUAAUCUUGUGAGGAAUUUCACAGCUGCCUAAUCCAGAGUAUAUAUUUUUAGAUAUCACUAUAUGGCACUUACUAUGGAGCUGUGGACUUUAUUAGUAACCUUGAGGCCUAAUGUGUACGUAAGUUUGCAUUUGCCCCUUACUGGUGAUUACUCAGGGCUGUAUAGUAUUUCUUUUAUUCUUUCACUUCCCAAACCAAAUCCCAACCCACUGUAGUUCUUUGUUCAUAGUGUAUUAGUGACAACUAAUUAAUUGUAUAUUAAUAGUACUGAAGCUGUUAAUACAGUAUCAAACACCGACAGCCAUAAGUUCAGCGUGCUCAGUGAGGAGCGUGGUACCAUUUAUUUCCAUUCACAGAGAAGGAUUAACACCUUAGGAAGGACUUCUUCCUUCCACAAUAUUGUGCAUAUUUGUUGAACAUCAGACCAUUUUUCUAACCUCUCCAAUCAAGUCUGUUGUAUAAAGUGAAUAUAUGCACAUGUAACUAAGAAACAGUAUCUUCAUUAUCACUUACUGAUACACAAAGGUAUUCACAGAACAGGGAUGCAAUGUUAUAUGAUUUUCCUUCUAAAGAUAUCAAUCAGAUUAUUUCACAAAUAAAAUGUCUGUUACUCACACCUCCAUACCCUCACUGGAAUUAAAAAACCCACUAGAUUUUAACCAUAAGGGAGCAUGAAAGGGAAGAGAGGAAGCCUUUCAGGAGAAGAGUGUACAGCUGCAAAUUUAAUUUCAACUGAAGAAGUAAAUAUAAUUACUAAUACAUUUAACUACUGAAAGUGUUCCAGAGGUGGUGCUCUCCCAUUUUCCUGCUACUCUGAGAAUUGCUUUAGGAUUUUUGUGUAGAGGAAAUUUAGAUUAUUCAAGCGUUAUUCCCUCCAUUUCACUGAAGAACAGUGAGCAGGGAAACCAUUACCACUGUGAACUGGAAAAUGUGAAUAUUAUCCUAAUUUUUCUCCAAACUGAAACUUUUUUCAGCAGAAUCGUUCCUGUCAGCUGUAAUUGAAGCAUCUGCAUGCCCGAGGUGCAGUAUGCAAUGUGUUUAAUUUAGAACAGCAUACUGCAGAGCAGAGUUGCAAAUGGGAGACAAUAUAAAUGAUGUGUAGGGAUAGUCAAGAGGAAGCUUCUUGAAUUCUGUUUACAGCUCUUUUUUUUUUAUUUUUCUUAAAUUAUUAUUAAACAGAUUUAAACUGACUUUGGCUAUCAAAGUCCAGAAUGAGUUCUUGGUAUUUGCAAAUGUAUUUGUACCUUCACCGUAAUGGUGAAAGAUAUUUUUUAAGGAAUGAAAUGUAAUGAGAUUUGGGCUUCCGAGUCUCUUUCCAGCUUCCAAAAAUCUCAGUAUACUUUAUUAUAAGUAUGAUCAGAAAGCAUAUCUAUGAGUAUCUCUAUGCUGUUUGGGUGAAAAUAUGUUUUGGGUACUUUUUAUUCAACAUUUGGUCAUAAUUCUUGGCCCUAAUUCACAUGGGAUGCUUUCUGAUUCCUCACUGGAGGGAGUUUUUAAAAACAGAAGUUCCUUACCUGCCCUUAGAGAGAUUUCUUAGGAAGAGUUAUGAGCUAAGCACUACUCGUCAUGAACCUAAACCUUUUCCCAAAGACACAACUAUGCUUUGCUCUUAUGUCUACAGGAAGGCAAAUGCACUGAAGGCAUAAUGUUGUAAUGACUAUAAUAAAAAUAUUUCAGCCAAAUUUUAAUAUCCAGUCCAAAUCAUAGUAUAUUAACCAAAAUCCAAAGUGUUUUGAACUAUCUGGUGUGUUUCAGCAGAUAUGGUAUUUGCUAAUGUCGUGCCAAAUCCUGCCAUGGAAGUUGCUGAGCGUUUUACCCAGUAAAUCAUAAAACUCAGUGGUGGCUCUUGUCUUUCACAUCAUCAUUAAGCUCUCAAGUAUUUGUUGAUCGCUCCAAGUCUUUUGUAUCAUCAUCUCUAUCUAACCAGACACACAUUAUUCAAUAUUUAUAUGAGUACUGUAUGGGAAGCUGUGGGAAAGAAAAAUUCCCAUUUACAUUUUCUCUCUUGAGAUUCAGUUGUAAACAUCCUCAACCCAGGUGGAUUUAUCUUUCUGUGAAAUGUGCAAGCAAAUUAGCUGCAAAAAAAUAUAUUGCAGUGUUUGCUUUUUCUGAUUUGAGCAGAUUUCUGGUGACUGUAGAGAUUUAUUAUUAUUAUUAUCUGCAAUAUGCAAUACAACCACCUGACCUAAACCAAAAUAACGAGACUGAGGGAAGACUUGAUAAUGUUGCACAGCAGUUGUUCACAUGGAAAUAUAAGAUGCUGCCUUAAAGAGGGAAAAAACCCCACCAGCUACUGAAAAUAGAGGGAGUAAGAGUCUGCAUGCUUUUGUUGUUUUGAUCUUGGCAUAAAUCUGAGUCGACAAAGAGGGAAGGAGAGCUGAGGCAGGGCUGAGGGCAGUCCCGGUGUGCUUGCAGAUGUGCUCGUGUAAAGAAGAAGCAGCUGAGAAGUUGAAGAAAAAUCUUCAACAGAGCCACAAGCCACAGCUUGUGAGGCUCAGCCUAGAGCGCGUGGAAUUCUGAAUUUUGCCUGAGCUUUGUUGAUAUAUUUGCACUGACUUUCAAUGAAACCGAGAUCAAGACUUUCUGUAUUUCCCUCUCUCUCACUCUAGCUGCUGCUAUACUUGAAGAGGAGAAAAGAAUCUUCCUGCAUAAGUGGCCAUCCUUUCUGUACCUUUCUGGAUGGUGCUGGUGACUUGUUACAUUUUCCUGAUUACAGCUCUAGCAGUUUGUUGGUCAUUCCUAUCACCACGAUUUCCUGUGACUCCAGCUGGAACUGAAUCAGGCUGUAAAUGAUAUGGGCCAUUCUUGGUAGCAUGUCCUGUAGUGUUACACUGCUCCUGGAUGACACCUUUUGUGGAGGCAGGAUAUUGAAUUGCUGAGGAAUGCAGUAGGUACAUGGAGGUAAAAACAGAUAUGUAGACAUACCUGCCUCUUGCUUUUUUCCUCUUUUAAAGAUAUUGUAGAAUUUCUUCAUGUUUUUAUCUUUCCCUUUUCACCGCAGUAAAUUUUCCUUUUUUCUCUGAAAUAGAUUUUGUGUUCUGCUUGUGUUUCUUAGAACAGUGUAGCCACCCACUAAUUUAAAAGCAUGGAAAUAAGAUAUUUUAAUAUAUAAGAUAAAAUUAAGGAAAAUUAGGAGAUUUUGCAUCUCUGAAAAAUUUAAUUUAAUGUUUUUGCAGCUUUUGCUCAGAACUCAUUACUCUGCUAUCUAAGAAGCUUGGUUAGGAGAAAGAGUGCUGUGGACAAACAGAAAUGAAAUCACCACUAGCUCACUGUGUUUUGGCAGCAUCUCAUAAAUACAUGUCUCUUUAUGGUCUUUCAGGAACACUUAAGAGGUGAAAUAAGGCUCACAAGAGAAAUCAGGUGUGGUUGUUUUUUUUUUUUCCUGAUGAAAGCCAAUCUUUUUAUACAGUUUUAAAGGAAGCAAAGGCUAGGGCUAUGUGAGUGGCUUUGGGUUCCUCUGCUGGAAGGCUAAGCUCUGUUACCAGUGGGGAGAGAGAGAGAGAGAGAGAAAGCAAGAGAAAGCUCCCUCUGGAUGGAAGUUCAGAGGACUGAAGGCUCUGGAGCAGUUAUGUGGGGGAUGUGUCCAGAAAUAUAUUCCCUCUACCUGUUGACUUUUUAGAAAGUAUAGGCUCCUAACUCAGAUAGCUCAGUUAGGUGGACUUAGAAAAGGAAUGGUCUGUUUAUCCCCAGCCUCAAAAAUCUGCCUUCAGUAUCAGGUUCAGCCUUGUUAUAGGUUCCUGUGCUCAUGAAAAUAGGGUUUUUCUUGGGUUUUGCAGUACCCACUGCAUAGUUGGGAUAAUAGUUUGCUUUAUACCGUGCGACUACCCAGCAUGGGAGAAAAGUGUCAGAAUCUAAUUCCUGUGCAAUAAGUUUAUACUUUCAUAUUUCUGCAGUGUAGGCAGAGAGAGGCAUGAGAUGGGGAAGAUUUUGGUACUGUUCCCUCCCUUGCCGGGUUUAUCAACCUAGAACAGAAAUUGUGUCACAAAUCUAAGGGUCUGAGAAUCUGCAUGGAUUUAGGAAGAAUUCAAGAGGUGAAUUUUUUUUGUUGCUGUUUUAGAUUGCAUUUAAGAUGUUUGAUAUAUAAAACCUAGUGAAAACAGAACUUUAUGAAAAAAUGCUCUCCUACUUAAUAUAAAAGAAUAACUAUUCUGUGGCUUGGAUAGAUUGUGUCAAGUGUUAAUCAUCACAUUCUGUGCUUCUUUCAAGAUGAGUGUCAUACAUUCCCUUCUUUCCCAGCUCUGGUCCCAUCUUAGCUCAAAAGUCAUUUUAAAGCAGAUACCUUUCCUGAGUAGGACAGUCUGGUUUGCAACAUAAAAACAGUUUUCCAGGGAUAGUCUUAAAUUAUUUUUUCAGCAAUUUUUCUUUUUUCUUUUUUUUUUUUUUUGUUAAUCUAAAUUUCCUUUCUAUUGAGAGCUGAGCCUUCCAAACUUAGCAGUAGGGAAGGAACUUCUGAAAGAACAUAAAGGCCUUUCAAAAUGUGACUUAUGAUAUGAGCCAUUUCCCUGCCCAAACUCACCUGUACUGUCUUAUUUAAAUGUAUCGGCAACAUGUCAGCAUUUGAGGGAGCUCAGUUUAAUCACAGCUGUGUAUUUCUUUGUGAUGUGGGUGUAAGUACAGGCAGGAGCGUGGUGUGAUGGAAGAAAGGCUGGAUGUGCUGUGGCUGGAGUCACCUGUGAAGCUGUGGUUAAAUGGGAGUAGCCUCAGGACCGUGCCGUCUCUUACAUGUUUCUGGUCAUGCAGAGUCUCUGUCUGAUGUGCCCAUACUGUCCCUGGUGUGAAGCUCCUGUCGGGUUCCUCAGCUGUCCUCAUGGAGCUGCCCCCAUGCUCGCCCCAUUCCCGUGUCACAGCGGUGUCUGUCAGAGGGGAGGUGGCUGCUUGUGCUCUCAAGGGGAGCUGCAAUCCUGCCCUGCUUCUCCCUGCUCUGCUGGGGAGGGUUCCUGCACUCUCUGUAAAUAAGCUCUUCAUUUAUUUCCCUCACUCAAGCUUUAACUUUUUUUUCCCCCUGCUUCUCUCGACCUGUGUACAGAGAAUGCGCUCUAAAAAUAUGUGCUCUUCCAAAGUCCUGUGGCUUUGGAAGCCAGGAAUACAGGUGUGCAUCACCCUGCAAUGCAGUGAAAAUGCACUUGGUUCUCCUCGUGGGAUCAUCAGCUUUUUGUUUCAUAAUGCAGAAUGUAUCUGCCAUGGUUGAAACUGUUCUUUUUUUAAAAAAAUUUCUGCCAUUCUAACAGCUGUAAGAAUCCACUGCCGAUUUUGAGAUGAUUUUGUCAUAUCUAUAAUUUAAGAACCAGAAAUAAUGUAAGUAAAAAUAAGUUACCUCACUAUUUACCAGGGUUUUGUUGUUUUGCGCUUAAAUGACAAUUUUUACUCCUUUUGCUUAAUUCUUUACCUGUAUUGGAAACAAGGCUAAAUUAGUAGAGAAUAUAGCCAUGCUGUAACAUUGUCAUGCAAUACCUUUAUUAAUAGAUAAUCACACUAAAUAUAGUAUUACAUAUUUAAAAGAGAGAUGGGUUUGACUCUCCAACUCUUAAAAAGUAGUGGUGAUAAGUAGUUAUACUACUAGAUGUUUUGUCCUUUCCCUUUUGUAUUAGUAUUUGUUUUCACUAAUAUAUUUCAAAAACUAUAUUUCUGUGCACGUUAGAAAACUGUGAAAAUAAAUACCAAUAAAUAUUGUGAUACUUAUUCAGUGCACUGUAAAGUUCCAAGUGAGAUGAUACUUUGCUUUUGGGAAUUGACAAAAGUUUCCUCACUUCUCAGAAAUGGUACUAAGCUUUAAUGUGGGAAAAUGGUAAUAUUAACAGUGACAUGAAAUUUUAAUGGAGAACGUCUUGUUUUGCACUUCUGGUACUAUUAGAAGAAAUGAUAUGUUUUUCUCAGCAAAUGCAUUAUGAGGUUACAUUUUAAAAUUUGUUUUGUGCAUUGCAGUACAUAAGAAUAACCGCUUUGAAGAGAUUUGUGUUACUUCAUUACUACAGCAUUCUUUUGUCUGAUAAUUUUUUUUCCUGAGCCCGUUGAAUAAUGGUAUUUAAUGGCAAAAACCUUUUUGGGAAUGUAUUUUGGCUUCUGUCGUACAUUGCAAACCCUGAACUUGGACUCGUAGUGAUGCAGUCGAAGGCCCUGGUGAGGCUGCUCUGUCUUUCUGCGCUCCUGGGGACGGGGACCUUCCUUGUUCCCAGCUGGGACGAGUUUAGAGGAGUCCAGAACACUUUUAGAGGAUGUGCUGUGCAUCAAUGCAAGUGUAAAUGAUCUUCAAAAGUGAAAAUAAAAAGAGAUUGGAAGUUCACAGUUAGCCACACUAAUUGGGGGGGUGGUCUGUGACAGGGGUCUGCAGUUUCUGGAGGAGAUAAUAAUUUUUAACUAAAGUAAUUUGAAUUCUACUUAAGUUUCUGAAAGUAACUGAAAAAGCGGGAGUUUCCUUUUUCUUUUAAAGCCAAAGUCUUUACAUUUUCAUAUGCGGUUUCACAGGAAAAUGGGCCAAAGAAUACAAUUAAAUAUGCAAAUGGUUAGUCCUAUGGAAAAGGGUAUCCUGUUAUCUUGAUAUGCACAAGCAUAUAUGGUAAUAGGAAAAAUGUGUGUAAUUUUCCUGUAUAUUGCUAUGUAGGUUGCACUAUUCUGAAUGACACAAGCCUGAUAUUUUAAUUACCAAAUACCAUAAGAUGCUGUUUAUUAAUAGUUUAAACUUGUUAACCUAAAUAUAUAUACAGUAUACACAGGCGUGCCGUGCAUACACCUUCCAACCAGUCAUGCGUGAGUAAUCUCCCAAAGCUAUGGGACACAUUUCAGCAGUGCUUUAUUUUAGGUGGUUUUCUCCUUUCCAAACCUCCCACAUCUAGAAAUCCUCUAGCAGCUUUUAUUGUAGUGCUUGAUAGUGGGUACAGAAGGGGCUAAAGGAUUGGUUUGGGUCAGGAUUGCUCUGUGCUAGGACACAUGGGAUCAUUCAGAGAGUUGCUGUCCAAAAGAGCUAGAAUUGAUGCUUGCUGUAAUAACCAAGCCAUAGGAAAAGGAUUGCUUUUCAUGCUGGUUUAAAACUCUUGGCCAGAGAGGCUUUCUUGGCCUGGUGACUGACCUUAAACUCAGACUGACCUUAAACUCAGUGUCAGCUCAUGUGAUCCACAUCUGGUCAUCUGUUACUUAAGGCAGCUGAGGAAGGAUCCUUCAGAAGAAAAUCCCCAGGGGAGAGGAGCUGGUGCUUGCACCAGUGUGUUCUCCCAUGCAGACUCCAAAAUGGAUUUUGCAUGCCAGGCAGGAUUUAUAAGCAGUAAGGCACAAUCACAUCUCUCCAUGCACAGGCUUUUGUGCUUCCUAGUACUGGUGAUGUGGAGAUUUCCAUUGAGGGGUAAGUGUGGAAAUGGCUUCUUUUCUAAAUUUAUACUGCUCUAAUUAAAACUUAAAAAAAAAUACCUUGGAAUCAUUUGUUGGAAGUAAUUACUAAGCUGUUUUUGAAAGAGAAAGUUGUAUAAUUACCAAUUUUUCCACCUUAACCAAGAAACAAGAAAUUCUGUAGGGUCCGAUUUUUUUUACUGCUCAUUGCAAAUAUGUUUUGGAGCAGAACUUCAUUUCAAGAAAAUUUUUGCUUAGCUUAUUAUUACCUGGUCUAGGUUUGGAUUCCAAAUGUGGACAAAACACCUCUUGACUUAAAUGGGGUGUUUGAGGGAGUGAUGGGAGGGCAGAUCCUGAGUGCAAUUCACGCUCAGAUUUUAGAAAUCGCCAUGUUUUAAAACCUCAUAUUGCAAAGGUUUGGAAAUGGCAUCAUGUUAAAUUGUGUGCAGCUAGGAAGGAAACCAGUGCAAUUUCAGUAAGAGCUGUUAGCACUUUAUACUUGAUAUCAGGUAUGAUAUUUUGGAAUAGUCUUGCUCAUUUCAGAACACCCAUUUUGCACCAAUGAUGAACAGCCUGAUCUCUCUGUCUCCACACUCACACCCACAUGGACAGUGGAUCUCGUGCCUUCCCUGCUAAAACCAGGAGGCACAAACAGAAUUCAUUAAUGUGAUAGGCACACUCCUACCUGAUUCUUAACCCAUCACUGCAUUUUAUGCAAAAUUUCCAUCCAUACAUGUCAAGGUCUCACAAGCACUUCACCUGUGAGUCAAUAAUGUUGAUUUUAUUUCAUCAGAUUCAAAUUCACACUAAACCUCAAGGGCAUUUUGUGCUUCCUUUCAUCCUGUUUAAGGAUAUUUGUGGGCUUAGAUGAAACACUAAUAUUUCUGUGCUGCUAAACAAAACCCACCAGAAAUAUUUUAAAAAUCUCAAAUUACGCUUUGAAAAACGUUUUUUACCUGUUUACUUGAAUAAUGUCAGUUUAAUGUGUUGUCUUGAUCAGUUUUUGUACAUAUACAUGUGUAUAUAUAUAAGCUAUAUAUAAAUAUGUAUAUGUAUAAAGUUUUUUGGGGAGAAUGAGGGGCAAGACAGAAAUCCAGAGUUGUGACAAAGAUUCUACAACAAUUUAUUAAGAGUUUCAAGUAAUGUAUUGUUGUUUUGAACUUGAUUAGAAAUUAAUUGCAGUUGAACUAUGAAAAAUGAAAUGCAAUCAAGAAAAAGAGAAUUCACAAUAUUAACUUAGGAUUUUUUUUAAGAAAGAAAAUUAGUUACUAGUACAGUUGGAAGAAUAUUAUUUUUUUGAUGGGGGAAAAGAACUCCCGGUGUAAUAGUUGGUAUCAAUUAUAUGGAGCACUAAUCUACAUUGCACUAGGAGAAAUUUGCAUGCCAAAAAUAAAAUUCUACCAGAAAUCUUGGAACCAUUCAAUUCCAUACAGUAAACUAAAAAUCCUGUCACUUCUGUUAUUUCCUAUUACAAUUUGCUGUAACAGUCUCAAAAGUGACAUACUUCAACCCAAAGUGUAAAUCACAAAUUUCCAAUUACUAGCAAAGAAUAGUAGAAAUUUGAAGAGCUCUUAACACCUGGAAAAACAAAUCAGGAUGUUAGAGUAGAAAUAAAAGAAUAUUGGUGAAGAGGAAUCAACCAUAAAAUAAUUAUUUUUCAGAGAAUCCAGAAUUUCAUUAUAAAAUUCACUAUCUAAUGGAUUCUUCAAAAGAAAGGGUUUGGGGGAAAAGAGAAGAUUUAAAAUCUAGUUUUGACAUUCCAAUUACUGCUUGUUUUUUUAGCUAGUUUUAGCAAAGUGAAAUGAAUUGGAACACACACAGUUUCAGCUGCUGUGUGGCACAGACACGUGAGCACCCAGCUUCCCCUGCAGCCUCUGCCCCUUCCUCUGAGAUCUGGGGGAGGCUGGAGCUGCCCCAGAGCAGUGAGGGGGAGCUGGGAGUCACACUCCUCUCUCCUGUGUUCACAUCCUGUCUCACUGCAGUUCACCCUGACCAUAUUCUAACCCAGUGCAUGACUGAGUGCUAAUACUGUAUAAAUAUUUUGAAA